AUGGUUUUUCAACAACACCCCGCGCGACCAGUAGGAAAGAUCCUUUAUAGAGACGGUCCCCCACCACUUUUCGAAGAUGAUGAUACACCUGCUCAACCGAACAGCAACAGUGAUAAGGAAACAUUGGGUGAGACGCACGCCGUGCCAGUUCAGCAACCUCGCCAUCCCGUUACGCCUAGCAUGAUACUCGCUAGCACGUUCACUGAACCCAGCUACAAUAGCACUACACUACCAAAUACGCCUGUUAGCUCAGUCUCAUCAACCAAUAGUACAUUAUCUCAUCAGCCUUAUAGCAGUAGCAGCACCACUGACUCACAAACAACAUAUUCAUCGAAUACUAUGUUUACGGUGUAUACUUCAGCUUCUGAUAUUGUUAGCGAUGAUAUUUUAAUUCCAAGAUCAGGUGACGAAGAUCAAGGACCUGACAACCAACCGGGGCAACUUGCCCCCGCGCCCAAUGCUGAUCUUCAGCACGAUGCCCGUUUAGCAGCUAUUACUACUCAUGGUUCUGCGUUUAUUCCUCCUGGUGGUCCACUCGAUAAUAAAAUUGACAUUAUUCAACAAAGCCAACACUUUGCGUACCCGGAGCAACAGCAGCAGGAAGAAGAAGAACAUCAGCAGGUGCCGGAAAACAGCAAACGGGAAAGAGAAAACGAAGAAGGGAAUGAAAGUGAAUCGGAUCAAAGACAAGAAACGACGACAGGUCAUCCUACUACAAAAACAGCAUCUGGUUCUAUAGAAAUUGCUGAAACUAGUGGUGACAAUAGCAGCAACAUCAACGACAAUGAUAGUACCGAAAUUAAAGAAGCCGGGGAAAGAUCACUUAAACGCCAAUGCAGGAGACCAUCAUCAUCAUCGAAACAAUCGCAAUCGGAUCAUGAUGAACCCAGUGGUAGCAGAACGGCAGUCCAGACGACGAUACCGGAAAACGACAAAACGCGCCCUUCUGGAUGUCAUGUCAUGUUUACAAAGUUCCAAAUGACUGGCAUGAGUUUACAGUGA